AUGAAUUCAUCACAGCAGUCCGCGGAUGCUGUGCGCGCCGCCAUAUCCUUGACAACAACAUGUACUCUAGUGACUGUCACUCUCCUCGGCGACCUAUUAUCUUCUAAAACGACUACUAACCCGAGUGCUUCCGGGCCUUCGAAAGCAGUUCCUAAAGCUAUCGCGAAACCCACGAAAAAAAUCACUACACGAGCUCCUGCGUCGCGGUCCAGAGUUAAUGAGGUGGAUAAGAAAAGCGCAAAUGUGAAUGCAAACGAACAUGUAGAAGCGCUAUCUCCAAAAGAAAAAUUCACGCUGGCUACUGAAGUUAUCAAUACUACACUGAAGACCUUGACGGAAGCUAUCAAGGAACCAACUCAGCUCCGGAAAGCACCAAUCACCAAGGAGAAAGCAGCAGCUCGCACAGGACUUCCACGAUCAAUUUCAGUUCCACAAGCACAGCUACAGCCACGAGCUUUAACUCGAGUUUCUAGUUCACCCAAUAUCUCAAAAAUACGAGACAAAUCCACUUCCUCCACUUCGACAUGUUCUCCCGGAGUUCGAUCGGUUGCGGAAUGCGCCAGAGCCGCAUUUCUGUGUUUACGGGGAUUCCAACUCGCAAAUGUUUCAGGUCUUACUAUGCCACCGCUACAACUCGAAAAUGGGAUGUCCGUCUUGGUUGGAAAGUUGCUGGCACUUGGUUUAGAGGACCUGGCUACCAAAGAGCUUAGAAUCUUAAAACGACGACUAGACUUGGAGAUUAGAGGGAAAAGUGCGCCAGCGACCAAGGAUGCGGCUUCCAUUGCAACAGCUCAGAUUUUGGCCGAACUUUUGGAUUUUGGAGAGACUCCGGUAAUCGGUGCGAAGUUAGGUCUAAUAAUCACAACUCAGUUGCAGGUUUUAAGGCUUAUGGUUGCAUCCCGGAAACCUAAACUAAUUGAGGCCGCUAUGCCAUUUCUACGGCCCGGACAUGCUUCCUCGCCCGUGAAACUCCUCUUAAGAGCUGCCGAAGAUUCGACCCAAGUGAGUAAGACUGCUCGCCAACUUCAAACCUUGUCCGAUAUGCUUCUAUCUAUGAGCCCCAGCGUUUCCGCCUCAGAAGAUUCCACCGCGUUAGACUGCCAAGUUAGCAUAACACUACACGCGGCCUUCGCACUACAAGCAUUAGCCCUCGACAUACGCUUAUCAUGGUGGAAACUUGCGAAUCAUAAGGGGGAUGUUGAAAAGGAUAUCUUUGAUCCCUUCCUUCGGUGUGCUCAAGCUUACGCCCGACGAAGUCAAGGUGACGCUACUAAGGUUUACACAAAAUGCUCCGAUGCAUUUUUACAUCUCAAGAAAGCAUCGUUAAAAUACGAGACGGCUGGGCUCCUGUCAGCGCCUGCUUUGAUGGGGAUAUACCGUCUGUUGGGCUCCCUGUCGAAAGAAGCCAACAUCAUUGACAAAGCUAUCGAAUGGGUAGAAAUGGUACGAAAUCUUCUAGAUCCCAAGGCUGGCUCCAAUGCUAGACACAGUGCUCUCACUGCUCGCCUAGUUUCUCUCACUCUACGAGAUCCUCAACAAAAGCAAAGCAAAGAGCUGUUGGUCGACCUGUUAGAUGUACUAGAACAACCGUUCAAAGGGGAGGCAUCUGAAAUUGAGGAUCUGUUGAUAGAAGUAUCUUCGGCGAGGAGAGUUGCUAUUACAGCUAUUACAGCUAUUUCAAUCCCCAUGUCUGAGCCACCACCCGAUACAGACGACAGUCUCUCGCCCGAAGUUCGUCGAAUGUGUGAAACUCUCGUUUCCUUGUGCCCCCGACUAUCACUUCGAUAUAUUGGUAAGAAGCCGGAUGAAAGUGCUUCGAGCAAGGAUCUUGUGCGAUUCGAACAACGCAGAAAAUUCAUCACUAAACCCUCCGUCUAUGCUAUUGAUUCAGCAUUGUUUCUAAUUAAAAUACUUCUCAAACAAGAAGCAUCACCAUGGGAGCAUGUAGAUCCAUUGCUACAAGAUUGCCUUACAUUACUCGACCGGCUACAAAUUGCUUCUAUGGAAGAUGAGAAUUUCAAUGCGACACAGUGUUAUAUCAAAAUCUCUAAUCUCUACUUCAUGUAUUUUCUUGACAUACGCCGAAACGUCGACCUUAAUAAAGAUAGUCCGCAGCCACGAGUGGUUCUCCGAAGGUCAAUUGACUGUCUUAAAUCGAGGCCCCUAGCGGAGAGGAAAGCCGGCCUUAUAUCCAUGAAACUGGAGCGAAUGGCAGAUCUUUCUAAAACCAUGGGUCGAUUUGACGAACUCUUCAAAGCUCUUCUGAUGCUACGAGAUGAGACGGUAGAAAACGGUGUUUUAUGCAAGGUUGUUGAAGGUGCCAAACGUUUAUCGAUUCGCGAGGCUUGGAAAUAUAGUGAUGAUGCAUCAGUUCUUGCUCGAACUAUACAGUCGCUGGUAAAGGUAUAUAUCAAUCACCCAGAGGUUUCUCUCGAGCCUUGGCUUUUCGGCAAUACCUGGAGCGACGAGCAAAAGGGGGCUGUUCUUGAGCACGAACUGGAAAUCUUGGCUGGCCUCACUAAUCCUACCUCUAUUGCUGUGGAGUUAAAAAGCAAAGUCUUUGAGAACCUGCUCUCUAUUUAUGACUUGAAUCAAUACCCCGUUCGAAGGCUUCGAUCAAUGACCAUAUUUCAACAUUCGCACAAUAUAAAACAAGACGGGUCUUUGAACGAGACACUCCGUGCGCUUAUGACCAAGUCUAUCGAUAUCGAAAAAUCUCAAGAUUCUGGUUUAGCCGGUUACUUAAGGCAUUGGGUGGCUAUGGCGAUGAGUAUAGUGGAGCUGCAGAAGGAUGAAACUAGCAUUCAAAUUUUAAAUAACUGUUUUGUGAACUGGCGAAACAUUCGGUGUGAAGCCGACAAUCUCGUGGCUUUGCAACUUCGCAUCGAAAAUAUCCCACAACUCUUGCUCCAUCUACAGUCACUUGCUAAUUUCAUGGAAAUGAGAGGUCUUGAAACUGACAAGCUUGCUAUUCUUCGACUCAUUGCUGAUUAUAACGAGUUAUACUGUGACGUGUCUGGUCACAAUGACAUUGUGUCAACCUACAGUGCCUUGGGUCUCUCAUGGCUACAACUUGGAUAUUCUGGAAAAGCUGGAUUAGCAUUGGACAAAGCACAAAGCUUUAGCUUGCGUAGUGAUCUUGGCGCCAAAACAGAUCUUCACAUUGCGUACUCACAGUAUAUGUUAGCACUUGGAAACCUCGAAAAAUGUCAAUUUCAUUUAGAGUGUGCUGAAGGGGCCUUCAUUUUGGAGCGAAAAGAGAUAGAAGAAGAUAAAACACCACUCAGUCUUCAAGAAAAGACUCGACUGAAUUGCGUGGUGGCGAAAGCUUCUUUGAUUCGAUCAAUGCUUGCCAUUGAACAGGGAGGUUCAGAAUCCGCUCUUAUUCAUGCCAAACAGAGCGUUAGGCUUCUCAGGCGCGCCUGGGCUAGCACCGAAGCAAUCCUUCGAAAAAAGAAACUAGCGGCUGCACCCAAAGAAGAUGCGGAGAAAGAAGCAGAUGAGCUCUCCCAAGUAGAUAUUUCUACAAACAAAAUAGCACACCAACCUCAACCACAAGAUAGCCCAUCAGGAAUUGGUUUUUGGCCACUAGUCGGUCCUCUUUUCCAUGGGUUGAUUCAUUUAUCUAACCUGUACGCCCACCACGGACAGUUCCAAGAGACAUUGCAUUACGGAGAGCAGGCUUAUGAUCUAAUCAAGGCAUUCAACUUUGAUGGGCAGACAGCAAUAGCCUUAGCCACACUUGGAAGCAUUUGGACUAAAGCUGGGGACUUAGACAAGGGAAACGAUUACCUCAUGGAGGCAGAGCAGUUAUACAAAACGGGUAUCAAGGGCAAAAGUUCUGUCACUGUUGCAUGUCAGAUAGGGCGUCUCCGUGGAAUGCUUGGAGAUCGUAAAGCAGAGAUUGCAUGUUUGGAGGAAGCGAACCAAACCCUAAAAACUCUCACCGACCCCACAUUUCUUACAACUCUCGAAUUGGGUAAUACCAGCACACAAGAGAUUCCUGAUACCUUGGAAACUGGAAUGCAAACGCUCACAAUAUCCAAACGAAAGGUGCCAGUCGUUCGAAAGACCACUACGCGAAAGAAAAUGCCAGCUCCCCGAAAGCCUGUCGUUCGUUCAAAGACUCCAACUCCCCUGGAAUCAUCCGUCGGCACAGAGUGUCCUCAAUUGGACUCCUUGCGAGCAAACAUUCUGUGGCAGUUGGCUGACGCUCUGAUGAACCUAAAAAGAAAAAAUGAAGCGCAGGUUUUCUUGGACGAAGCCAGCAAGUUCUCUAACACUCAGCUGGAUGAGGUGUAUCAAGGCCUUGCUGAAGCUCGAUGUUUGCUUGUGCGAUGUAUGGAGCAAAUGGUCUCCGAUCCAGUAUACUCCGUGCUUCAAGACUCAACCCUCUCAUUUCCAUCAGUCGUUGGAACUCUAAAAGGCAGCAAAGGCCAUGCCGAAAAACCAACCCUUGCACCUCAAUCAUCGCCAAGAAAAGCUCAGGCGUCGAAGAGUGGUCGUGGGGCAAAGAGUCCAAGCCCAGAUAGUCUCUUUGACAAGCUGCACCGAGCUCAGGAAAUUCUGGUCGAGACUUAUCCAGUUGCAUUCCUCGUUGCUCCGAUCUCCGUCAUGCACAAGAUAACAUCUCUCCUUAAUAAUGUCUCCAUUCUUCUCUCUGCUGCAGGGCCAAUCAAGGGAAAAUCUCAACCUGGUCUUGCAAGUUGCUCCAUUGAUUCUGCGCGAACCCUUGCAUUCCGCAGAGAACGUAAAGUCAUUUUACAGGAGACCUGCAUCCCAGAACUCGAUGAUCUUCGUUGGCCAGAUUGUGGGUCUAUGUCAAGGCGUUCGAGUCUUGGAGCCUCAUUAUCAUUCUGCGACAUCCCAAAAUUUCAAAAAGAAUAUAUAGAUAUUAUUCCUAGGGCAUGGACUGCUCUCUCAAUAUCUUUGAGCGAGAAUCGUCAAGAACUUUCCAUCACUAAAUUGCAAGCUGGCCAUAGUCCUUUUGUGCUUCGUCUACCCCUAGGGCGUAAUAAUUCUAUUGAUGCGGAUGAAGAAGUGUUUGGGUUUGAACAAGGAAAAUGCGAGCUUUUGAAUAUCAUCGAUUCUGCGAAAGCUAACUCACAGAGCGGUCCCAGCAGAACGGGUCGUGAAGCUAAACUUGCUUGGUGGGCAGAACGUGAAGAAUUAGACUCUCGUCUUAAGGACUUAUUAGAAAAUAUCGAGAAGGUUUGGCUGGGAGGUUUUGCAGGAAUAUUUUCCCAAUACACCAGAAAAUCAGAUCUGCUCGCUCGCUUCCAGAAGUCCUUUGAGAAUAUUCUCGACAAGCAUCUUCCUUCUCGUCGAAAGAGUAAGAGAAAUUCUGGGCCUCGUGUCACUUUGGACAGUAGAAUCCUGGAACUGUUUGUUGGUCUUGGUGAUGCAUCGGCAGAUAAUUGCGAUUUUUCGGAGCAAUUGACCGAUCUUUUGUAUUUUGUCGUUGACGUUCUUCAAUUUCAUGGAGAAUUGAAUGCUUAUGCAGAAAUCGAUUUCGAUUUAAUCGUCAUUGAAAUACAUGAUGCUCUCUGUUGCUACCACGGAGCUGCUCACAGCUCGAGUCAGAACGAAGAAGGAAAGCAUACUAUCCUAAUAUUAGACAAGGCACUUCAUAUCUUCCCAUGGGAAUCGCUACCCUGUAUGGAAGGCCUAGCAGUCUCACGCUUACCCUCGCUUGGAUGUCUUCGAGACCGUAUCUCCAAACAACUGAAAACACCAAAUGAAGGUCCAGAGGGACACUACAUCGAUCGCAGCAAUGGCGCCUACAUUCUGAACCCCGAAGGCGAUCUGAAAACCACUCAAACCACCUUCCAAGCUCCCCUCGAAGCACUUCCCUCCUGGUCUGGCAUCACUAACCGCGCACCCUCGGAAGAAGAAAUUAAAUAUGAAUUACAAAAUAAAGACGUCUUUCUCUAUUUCGGCCAUGGAAGCGGAGGGCAAUUCAUUCGUUCCAAAGAGAUUCGCAAGAUGGAAAAAUGCGCAGUGGCCAUUUUGAUGGGCUGUAGUAGUGGUGCGCUUGCGGAUUAUGGAGAGUUUGAGUUGGGCGGGCAGCCAGUUCAUUAUAUGCAUGCGGGGAGUGCGGCUUUGGUGGCGACGUUGUGGGAUGUUACGGAUAGGGAUAUUGAUCGGUUUGCGUGGAAGAUGUUGGAGGGGUGGGGGUUGUUAGGUAGGGAGAAGGAGAGGAGUGGGAAGGGUAGGGGAAGGGGGAAGAAAGAAAAGAAAGAGGAAAAGGCAAAGGAUGUAGAGGGAGAGGGAACAUUGUCGCUGGUUGAGGCGGUGGCAAAGGCGAAGGGGGCUUGUAAAUUGAAGUAUCUCAAUGCGGCUGCGGUUUGUGUUUAUGGUAUCCCGGUUUAUAUUAGGGAUUAG